AUGCCACCAGAAGAAACAACCCCUCUUCAGCAAGACUCAUCUUAUGGGACUUCUAAUUUCGGAAGCACGACAUCUACAGUCAAUUCGCCCUUAGGAAAAAUCCGGAACUCAACCCCAGAAAUUAGAAGUAGUAGUACCAACAAUAAUACCAACAUCAAUACCGACAACAAUAGCUCGAGAACAGAAAAUCUAUUCUCUACUGGAGGAUUAAAAAUAUUCAAAGAAUACCAUGAUAAAGGCUUUUCAACAUUCCGUGCCAAAUCGCACGCCCGUUCUUUUAUCCGCAUGAUUUUCAAAUACUUCAAGUUUGUGGGCCCAAGUAUUAUCUUAUCAGUUGCUUAUAUGGAUCCCGGUAACUAUGUGACGGCAGUUUCCGCAGGUGCCCUAUACCAAUACAAGCUUCUUUUCACUAUUUUUAUGUCAAACCUUUUCGCAGUUUUCUUACAGGCUCUUUGCAUCAAGCUCGGUACUGUUACUGGCCUGGACCUGGCUGAGUGCUGCCGUGAACACUUCCCCCGUUGGAUCACACUUUCUAUUUACGUCAUGGCUGAAUUUGCCAUUGUGGCUACUGAUUUGGCUGAGGUUGUAGGUAUGGCCAUCGCUUUGGACAUUCUGUUUGGCAUUCCUUUGACUUUUGGCGUUUGCUUGACAGUUUUGGAUGUGCUCAUUAUCUUGUUUGCCUACAAGCCUAAAGGAGAUAUGAAGUACGUGAGAUACUUUGAGUACCUUGUCUCCUCACUUGUUUUUAUGACUGUUAUUUGCUUUGUGAUUGAACUGUGGAAUAUCGGUCCUGUUAAUAAGGGUGAUAUCUUUAAGGGUUUCUUACCUUCAUCUCAGCUUCUUGAAACUAAAGGGCUCUAUUUGUCAUGCGGUAUUGUUGGUGCUACUGUUAUGCCGCAUUCCCUGUAUUUGGGGUCCGGGCUUGUUCAGCCUCGCCUAAGAGAUUUUGACAAGAAACAUGGCUACUUUAACGAUGAAGAAACCUCGAGUGAAGAAGAAGUUUAUAAACCUUCUAUUCAUGCUAUUAACUACAGUCUUAAAUAUUCUAUUGUUGAACUUGUAAUUUCUCUCUCAAGUGUUGCUAUAUUUGUUAACUCUGCGAUUCUUAUUGUUGCAGGUGACGUUCUUUCUGGAACUCCUGAUGCUGCUGAUGCUGAUCUUUAUUCCAUUUAUGAUAUGUUGAGAACACUUUUGUCCCCUAUUGCAGGAACUGUUUUUGCUUUGGCUAUGCUCUUUUCUGGCCAGUCUUCGGGUAUUGUUUGCACACUGGCAGGCCAGAUGGUUGCAGAGGGCUUCAUUCACUGGACUGUGCAACCAUGGGUCCGACGUCUUAUUACACGUUCCCUGGCUAUUGUACCAUGUUUGUUUGUUGCUAUGUUUGUUGGCCGUAAGGGUUUGGCAGAUGUUUUGACUGGAUCUCAGGUUGUGCUUUCACUUUUGUUGCCAUUUGUUUCUGCUCCACUCAUUUACUUUACAGCACAAAAAUCCAUUAUGAGUGUGCCUAUCACACCACGCCUUUACAGAUCGUCAGAUGGAACUCUCUCUACACACAAGCCCACAGAAACUUCUAAUGAUGAUUAUACAGAAGCUAAUAACUCUAACGCUGACUCCACGGCACAAACACCUCUGUUAGCAGAGUCAUCGGAUGGAGAGCCACAAACUGAUAGCGAACCUUACGACGAUAUCAUUAUUGCCACGACACGGCGGAUAGAAGAUGAGAACCCAGAUAAUUUAACAGAACAGCACAUUGGUUCUCGAACAACAGUUCCCGUUACUGAGGAUUCCGAGAGUGUGACAGCGGAAACUCUGAGUUACAAAGAUAUGAGCAAUAGCACACUGACAAAUGUUGUUGCCAUUAUUGUGCUGUCUCUCAUUUCCGGUCUUAAUUUCUUCCUCAUUAUUUCUGCUGCAAUGGGUGCUGAUGUAAAUUUUUAG